ACUGUACCCUUGUAUUUCCUUACACUACGUCAUGAACCAUCGUUUUAGGUUACUAAAGUUGUUUGAGAUGAUAUCUUUAUUACGAAUAUUUCUCGUAUCAUGCAUCAAUUUUUACUAAUCCCAUACACUUUUAUUCUUAUUUAUAUAACUUAUUUAAUUAUUAAUUAUUUAUAUUUAGUUUUGUUAAUCGAGAAGAGAGAUACAAUAUAACCUAAAAUGGCAGAACAGCAGCAACCAACUCCUGAUUUUAAGCGUAUGUCAUUGGAUAAGAUAAUAGAAGCGAUGACUGCUGAUUUAGAAAAUUCUAAUGGCCAUUAUGUUCAGUUUGGAAUAUCACCACAACAAACUCCACCACAUAAUUGGAAUGACUAUCCUUCUGGUCAAACGAGACAUUAUAUCGCUAAUCAAUCUCCACAUCCUACUAUCUCCACAUCUCCACAAAGUGUGCAACCAAUGAAUCCGAUUGCAACUUCUUUAUAUAUGCAAGAUAUGCCAAGUUAUGAUAAUACUACUACAGAUCCUAUGUAUUUUCCACCUCAAACUGUAAACCAUUUAGGUAUUAAUGAAAAUAAUGAUUUAGUGGGAACUUAUGAUGUUGGCGGAGGAAAUUACAUAAAUGUUAUUUAUGGAAAUGCAUCACAAAUAAUGGCAGAACAAUGUCAACUUUCAAAUAUGACACCUUAUAAAAAUCAAGGUGCAAUAGAUAGAGAAUAUGGGCUUUUCAAUGACCGACGAAUGAAUAUACCAUCUGAUAUGCCCAAUCAAAAUUUUAAUGGGAAGCAACUAAUUGAUAAUCUUGUCGGUAAUUGGGUUCCAAAUCAAUCAGGAACUUAUAGUCCUUUUGGUGGUUCUCCUAAUGUAACACCAGUACCACAAUCUAAUACGGAUGUUAGAGAUCCUGAAGAUUUACCAAGAAAUAUACCAGAGAGCCACUAUAAAAGACCACGAAUGGUAGCUGAAGUAAAGCCUAUGCGUCCUUCUUAUUCAGACGUAUUAACUAAAUCAGCACCGACUCCACCUUCACCAUUAAUUUUACCAUCUACAAAACCUAAAGUUGAAUCCAUGACAAAAAAAGUUACCAAUAAAAGUUCAAAAAAUAAAAUUAAAUCUACAUCGUUAAAGAGACAGAAUUCAUCAGGGAGUGAUGAUCAUAAUUCUCCAAAAUUUCAAGUACCCAAAAAAGUAUUAGAAAAAAAUAAUUCUAACCUUCCAAGACGAUGGGUUUCCUUAGAUAAUCUAGGUUCACAAACUGAAUCUCAUGAAAUAAAUACUUUUAACAGAUCAGAUCAGUUUGAAAAGAAGAAAAUUUUGAAAACUUCGAAGAAAAGUGACAAAAAUGAGACGCUUAAUAAUUCGAAAGUUCAAAAUAAUAACUCUAAAACAACUGGCAAUGUACCAAAACGUCCAAUACAAAUAAAUAACAAUUUAAAUACAAUCAAUAAUUCCAGUCAAACAAUUUCACCCGAAAGAAUUGAAAAGAAUCAACAACAGAAUAAUAAAAAUAAUAAGGAUGAUAAAAAAGUGACUAAGGAAAGGAAUUCUAAGCGCUUCCAAGCUGAAAAAGCACAGCAAAUUAAAAAAAGAAAUCGUAGAAAAGAAUGCAGAGAAUCUCCUAUUAAGGAUCUAUGUAAAAACUUAAAUAAAUAUGCAAGUCGUUGGAGUAAAAUUGUAUUAAAGAUUUUUUAUUGGUUAUUACACUUAAUAUCAGAUGUAGUUAGUAUGAGUGCCAAUCUUGUUAUUCAACUUGGUAAAUGUGCUUGGUAUCACUCUAUACUCUAUUUAAAAUACUCAUGGAUUUAUGUAGUAACAAUGUUUUCUAAAAUACGUAUUCUUAAUGCUUUGGGUAAGCAAUUAGAUCAUUGGUUUGGAAAUAGUAAAUUUGCUUUCUGGCGUAAAAUGAAGACCGAAAAUGAAGAAAAAGAAGAAAAUUCAAAUUGGAUACAUGGUGGGCUUGAAGCUAACAUUGCACUACCUAGCACUGGAGAAGAAGCUAUGAAGAGAUUAUUAGCUUGUAAAGGCAAAGAUCCUUACAGUAUUCUUGGAGUUACACCAACAUGUUCCGAUGAUGAUAUUAAAAAAUAUUAUAAGCGCCAAGCAUUUUUAGUGCACCCAGAUAAAAAUAAUCAACCUGGAGCAGAAGAAGCAUUCAAAAUACUAGUUCAUGCUUUUGAUAUAAUUGGGGAACCAGAACGAAGACAAGCAUUUGAUCAAACAAGACAGGUUGAAGCUGCAUGGGGUGAAUUAAGUGACUUGUUAUCUCAAUUACAUAGAAAAAUGGAACAAGCAGCAAAUACAAUAAGGUGUACAAACUGUGGUUUGAGGCAUAAACGGGUUCCAACUCAGCGUCCUUGCUAUGCUGCCCGGUUUUGUGCACAAUGUAAAAUACGCCACAGUGCAAAAGAAGGUGAUAUAUGGGCAGAGUCUCGUUUAAUGGGAUUUCUUUGGCAUUAUUAUGCUUGUAUGGAAGGUGCAGUGUACGAUGUCACUGAUUGGGCUGCUUGUCAAGCCGGUAAUUUAAAACAUCUUAGAGCAAACACACAUAGCGUUCAAUAUAGGAUUGUACUAGGUCAACGUCCACCACCACAGACUUCUAAUAGUGGUAAAAAACGACAGCAAAUGGAUCCGAAUACAAGUGAAGCAGAUUUCGAAGAAUUUUUAAAUAAUCUGUAUAACCACAGCAAACCUGGUAAUCCUAAUACAUCAGCAGAGCAAAGUUCUUUUAGAGGAGAUUGCAGAAGACGAAAAACCAAACGCAAGAAGUAAGCAAAUGUACACGAAGCUUUGAGAUCUUAUGGUAUUUACUAUAUACGGUUAACACAUUGAGCGCCACGCAAAUUCUUAGGGAAAUCUUAGUCAGGCCAUGCGCUUUACUUUAUAUUAAAAAAAAAAUAGUUGAAAGUGCCAGUUACCGAUGAAAGAUGCGUCUUAAACUUCAAGUUUUUCGUCAGUCAACGAUACUUGAUAAUAAAAUUCUUUAUAUAAGCUGUAUCAGUCGCCGGUAAUUGACGUUUUUUUUCAAUAUAAAAUAACGCCCGUGACCUGACUGGGAUUUCUUUAAGAAUUUACGUGGCGCUCAACGUGUUAACGAAUAACACAUAUUGGUUGGUUUGAAGUUCUUUUUUUUUUUUGAGUGAUUGUCAUCAUAACGACAGGUACAGAUCUUGAAAAUAUAGGUGAUCUUCAGUGAUUGAUACUCUCAAUUUAAUAUUCUAAAAAUAUAUGACUCAAUCAGAGUACAUAAUACAUGCAAAAAAGAAAAAGAAUUAUGAUUUUCAUUAGAACAAUACUCUUGAAAAUAAUAAAUUUUUUAAAUGUUUAGGCGCAUCAAAGCAAAAAGUGUUAAAACAA